AUGAGUACCGAUGUUAGACGAGCAUCUGUUGAUAAUGAUUAUGAUUAUUUAUUAAAAUUUAUCGUCUUGGGUGAUCUUAGCGUUGGGAAAACAACAUAUUUGUAUCAUUUUGUGCACAAUAUCUAUUCAAAUUUUAAAUCAACUGUUGGCAUUGAUUUUUACGAAAAACGCGUAACAUUCAAUUCAAAUGUUAAUACUGGUAUCGGACAUCGCUUGAAAUUAGUUUUAUGGGACUCAGCAGGACAGGAACGUUUUAGAAGUUUAACAACAUCUUUAUUUCGUGACGUAAUGGGUUUUAUUCUAAUGUUUGAUGUAUCAAAUGAAUCGACAUUUUUAUCCGUCCGUAAUUGGAUUACAUUUAUUCAAACUCAUUGUUAUCAUUCUGAACCUCAAAUCAUUUUAAUAGGAAAUAAAACUGAUAUGAACGAUAGACGAUUUGUUGAUACGAUACGUGCAAAAGAAUUGGCCAAUGAAUUAAAUGUUACUUAUAUUGAAACAAGUUCUAUUACCGGUUAUAAUGUUAAAGAAUCGAUUCAAUUAUUAAUUGAACAAACAAUGGCUCAAAUGGAAUUAGCCUCUCAAAAAUAUUAUACAACAUUGGCACUUGGUAUUCGAGAUUUACCAAUAAAAACAAAAACACUCAUGAUAAAACUAAGUGAAAAUCAAAAGCAAUGUGAUUGUUAA